UCGCUCGCUCGUUCGGCACACAGUCGAACUCCUUCGCCACUGAACGACGGACGUCGCCGUCGCCGUCGCCGUCGUCCUUGCCCACGAGGGAUCGGGGACCAUCACUCGGUGUGAUCAUCAUGUCGUGCAUCAUGAUCGGCGUCCUGAUGAUACUCGUGUCGAUCGCGCGCGGUUGCGUCGGUUGUCCGUUCUGCGCCAGACAGCAGCUGCACACGCAGCAGCGCAGCAGUCAGCAGCAGCAGCAGCAACAGCUUUACCGAACGAUCGGCAGCCCAAGGCCAUUUGGAGCCGACAGGCCGACCCGCGUCCAGGAGUUCAACCGGACCGGCGUGCUGCACCCCGAGUACCAGAUACCGGCGACCAUCAGACCCGGCAACGUGUCUCAAUUCUAUUACCUGAGUCCACGGGAAGGCCCACCUCUCACGUUACUAGUUAGUCCAUGCAGCGGUCCUAUAUCUUGGACGGUCAGCUAUGUAGAACCACCCGAAAACGAUCAGGAAACAGAAGCGCAAACGCGAUGGCCCGUGAAGACCCUGAAGCCGGGCUCUCCUCUUUUCACGUACGAGGGCGCGGAAGACCAAAAUUUCACGAUACCAAAAACGCGGGCCGGCCUGUAUUGGUUCGAGAUCAAAUCCGUGGAGUCCGCAGGACGAUCGCCCGGCACGGUGCUUUUAUACGCAACAUCCAGCGCCCUGGACCACGUCCCGGGCAUGUAUGCGAGCGGGAAGGAACAUCGUCAUCGCACGCUAAGAUUUCAACAACGACGAAGUAAACGACGCCUGACGAUAUCUUGGAGCAAGAGUCAAGUGGACCCUCACCUCUCGAACUACUGUUUAGCUGUCACCUCGGGUACGCAGCCGCACCCGUCGACGCUCUGCGCCGCGCAGAAUAUCCUGAAAGCUCAUCCACAUUCACCGGCGAGAACCGGCUCUUCCUCAAAGGAGCACCAUCAUCGGGGCGUUCCGGAAGGUCUGCACUGCGUACGGCAGACGAAGCUGACGCUCCACAGGAUGAGAUACGACACCACGUACAACUUUACCCUAUACGUGGUGAACACUCGGAACAACGUCUCCAAUCGGGUCGCCACCGACGCUAUCAGGUUCAAGAAGACGCCGGAGCUGACGUUGCGAACCGGUCGCUACACCACAGCCAAUCUGCGGAAGACCGAUGGUUUCGUCAAUUUCCGCUAUCGUCCGCCGGACAACACCUCGAGCACCUUUCACAUACUUCCCUGCGGUGGAGGCAUCGUAAAGGCGAAAUUAAGCGGACAAGGAAUACUGCGGGAAAAAGAGGUGGUCGGCUACGCCUCGUUGCGCGUACCUCCUCUACCCUCCGGUAAGAUGUACACCCUGCGUAUAUCAACCACACCACAGGAGCUGGUUCAAAUGUCCACCAUAAAAGUGCUGGCCACGCAAGAGUCGUCCACCAUUUAUCCGCAGAUACCAUCCAAGAGCCCGCCGCGGGAGUACCGAUCUCUCAGGAAGUGCAACGAAGUGACGAUAGGUGUGGAAUCAGCUGGCGCUGCCAAGUACUGCAUCUUGGUGAAGGAGCUACGAAGUUCGACAUCUUUGGCAAGCGUGACGACCGUACCGGAUCAGUGCGGGCUCCAUCGGCGCAGACGAUCCGAAUACACGUUCGAGGUUUGCGAGGAGAAGCAAAGCCCAUCGAAAGACCGGGCGCUGCCGUUUACUCUAAAAAGGCUACAACCCGGCAAGGCUUAUCUCUUGCAGAUCACCGCGCAGUUGAAGGGCCAGUCCUUGUCCUACCCACUAUUGGGUGUGCGCACACGACGUUCCUGCGUAACAUAAUCACACCACAUGAUUCCUAUUAAGCAAACUGUAAAAGCGACGCGACGAUAAUCUACAGGGGCAGUGUUAAUGACUUUUAGAGUCGUUCUGUCUUUUCAUUAAAUAAUGGCAAUUUUUGCUGAAUUUAUAACUACAAAAAGAGAUAUAUUUAUGGGAUUUCGAAGAUAGGAUGAGCAAAUCAAAAUUUAUUUUAAUAAUGAGGCGAGUUUCAGAGUCUAUCAAAGUAGAUAUAGUAGAAAAUUAUUAUCAUUAUCAGUAUUUUAUAUAAAUUCGCAAAUAUUUCUAAAAUUUUUAAAAUUUCUCUCAGAUAAAUACAAACCUCAAUAGUGAUUAUUCAAAGUAUAUUUCUUCGAUAAGUAUCUUUCGCCUUAUUUUUGCAUUGUAAUUAUUUUAUUUCGUUAAAUGUAUUUACUCAAUCGUGAGAAUAUUAAGCGUUGAUCAUUAUAAGAAUAAUGACACAACGAGAAGUUGCUUAAAAAUUUAAAGAUUACGUUCAGUCGCAGAGGCACAGUCAUCUAGUCUAAAUUUUAUAUACGACAAUGUACAAU